AUGAGUUUGAACGAAUUUCGAGCCCAAUUCUUGGACAAGGCUCAAUUUUGUCCGGAAUUUCUUGAGAAUGAUCAGUUGCUCAAAGAGCAAUUUUACUUGAAGUUGAAAAAGAACCUUCGAGAGAAGAUUAGCCUACGCCAAAUGGAGUCCUUCUCCGUGUUGGCGGAUGUGGCUAGGGACCACGAAAUUGAGAUGGCUAGGGUGGAUGAAGGUGAGUUAAAAAGGAAGCACGAAGAUGUGAAUUCUCCAAACAAACGGUUUAAACAGGAGGGUAGUUCCCGUAACAACUCUCAUGAAAGAAACAGCCCAUUUUGCCGUCAAUGCAAGAGAAAUCAUGCCGGAAUUUGUAAGGCAUCGGAAAGGGGGUGCUAUACUUGCGGGAAACCGGGUCACACAAGCCGGGAAUGCAAGUCAAAACCCCACAAGCCCAUUAUAUGUUUUAAGUGCUUCGAAGAGGGCCACAUGAGAAGUUCAUGCCCAAAAUUGACGGAGGAGGAGAGGCUAGAAGAAAGGAGAAGGGAAACGGAGAGAAAGAAUGCUCAAACACAUGGGAAUCCAAGAGGAAGAUCUUUCCAACUCUCCAUGGAGCAAGCUAGAAACACCAACGAUGUUGUCACAGGUACAUUUCUCGUAUACAAUGUGCCUAUGCGAAUUCUCUUUGAUUCGGGGGCGAAUAGAUCAUUUGUUGCAACUAAGGUAAUUCAUGUUAUUCCCGUGUCUAAAUCAUGUUUAGAAAAUACUUUGCAAGUUGAGGUUGGUAAUGGUAGGAUAGAAUUAGUGAAGGAAAUUUAUGAAGGUUAUGAGAUCAAAAUUUCUUCGGAACUCUUUCAAGCUAAUCUGAUUCCUUUUCCAAUGGGGGAAUUUGACAUAAUUUUGGGUAUGGAUUGGUUGAGCUCUUGCAAUGCCAAGAUCGCAUGUGAUGAAAAAGCGGUAUAUUUGAAGACCUCUAGGGGCGAAGACUUGGUGGUUUAUGGUAAUAGGAAAGAGCGUUCUAUACCCGUGUGCACUUUCACCCGUGCCAAACGUUACAUAUCUCAUGGGUGUCAUGCUUACUUUGCUCACAUCGUUGAUGUUGAGAAGAAACCCUUAUCUAUAGAAGACAUCCCUAUUGUUAAUAAAUUUGUCGAUUUUUUUCCCGAAGAUUUGUCGGGCAUUCCUCCCGAACGACAAGUUGAAUUCUCAAUUGAUCUUAUUCCGGGAGCUAAUCCUAUUGCUAAAGCUCCUUAUCGUUUGGCUCCAACGGAAAUGUAA